AUCACACAUCGACCGUCACACAGAUACGCACACCUAGUUCUGGACGAGGGGCCCCAUCAGAUCGAGCAACGCAAACCAGCAUGUCCGUCCCAAGGACAUUCAAGAGCGCUAUUGUCGAGGCUCCUAGAGCCAAGACGGUGAUCAAAGAUGUGCCAACACCCGAGCCAAAGCCUGAUGAAGUGCUGAUCAAGAUCACGGCUGCAGCCAUCAACCCAGUGGAUUGGAAGAUGAGGGACGAGCCGGACACGUAUCCCUACCUGAAGGAAUAUCCCACUCCACUCGGCUCCGACGCUGCAGGCAUUGUAGCAGCUGUAGGUAGCAGUGUGGACUCCUCUCAUCUCAAGGUGGGCGAUCCAGUCUUCUUCCAGGGUAUUAUAGGAAAUCCUAGAAACUCCACUCUGCAGCAGUAUGCCGUCAUGCCUGCCGAGCUGGCUGCCCUCAGACCCAGCAACAUCACGGAGGAAGAGGCGGCGGGCAUCUCUCUCGCUAGCGCGUGCGCUCUCGUGGGCAUGUACCACGACACUUCAAGCACCCCUACCAAGCCCGGCCCAUGGGAACCAAAGGGCGACGCUGCUGGCAAGGGCAAAGCGCUCGUCGUUCUUGGAGGCUCCUCAUCCGUUGGGCAGUACGUCAUCCAGCUCGCCAGACUAUCGGGCUACACACAAAUUAUUACCGGAUCUUCGCCCAGCCAUCAUGAGCACCUCAAGCAGCUGGGUGCUACAGCUGUGCUUGACCGAAACGUGGCGGAUGCUACGCACUACGUCUCGGCGCUGCGCGGUCUUGCAGUGGACUACGUGUACGAUGCCAUCAGCGAAGAGUCCACGAACAAACUAGCCAUAGAAAUCCUGCAACGCUCUUCAGGCAACAAGACGGGCAAGCUGAACAUGAUAAGCGUCAUACCGCCUAGCCAGGCUGUCAAAGCAGAAGCCAAACAAGCUGGCGUCGAUAUCAGCUUUAUCCUGGGUAUGGGCAGUCUGCCGCAUGUCAGACCCAUCUCGGUGCCCUUCUUCAAGGCCCUUACUGGAUGGCUCAAGGAGGGCAAGUUCGUACCCAACAGGACCCGCCUCAUCAACGGUGGAUUGCCCGCCAUCGAGCAAGCACUCGAAGCCAACAAGACGGCGAGCGGCGUCAAGAUCAUCAUUCGUCCGCAUGACGCUUGACACUGCAUAGUCAGGUCAGACCGGUUUUUGCAAGCAACAGCAAAGUAGCCAUCAAUACUCGUAAUGCAUGGACGCGCAGGUCUGCCUGCUCGUGACAAUAUUUCAUUGACCGUAGUGGUAAGCCUCGACGAGCUGCGAGUGUUUGCACUUGACUCUUCGACGCGGCAGACACGAUGUCGAAGUGAACGGUGUUGAGUGAUGUAGAAGGUCAAGUAGUGCGUAUUUGGACGGGAAAAAGGCAACGGUGAAACACGCGGGAGGGACAAGCAAAGCGACAGAAGUCUUGUGCGGACAUGUCGUAGGUGUAUGGCAAUCGUGAAUGGAAAUAUCACGUGAUGCUCG